GUUAUUCAGGUAGACGUAUAAAUGUACAGUGUUAGAGUGUGAAAUAUUGUUACAGUGUAGUAUUUUAAUAGUAUUAGGCAGACUUUCUGUAUUUUAGCCCAAAUCUUGGCCGAAUGUUCACUUCCAAGCUGCUAAAAUGGUCUCGGGCUCUUCUUCUGUCCCACUUAAUUAUCAUACAAGGAUUAAAAUGUGAACUUUCUACAUCUUGGUCCGUUUAGUAUUAUUUAUGUCAAAUACAGAAACCGAUAAGAGCUACGUAAGUGUAUUUAAACGGAGACAGCCGUUAACGUUCUCGCCUAACCGCAAGUACGUUUUGGCCGUCGUCUCCCCUCUGCAGAAACAGGACAGCUGUCAAACUGUCUUGGCAGAUGAUGGAUCUUUUAGAGCAUCUUCACCUGCUUAUGAAAAUAACAGAAGAGAAAACCGAUACGAUUACAGCCCAGUACAUUGGACUUCAUCAACAGUGACCACUUUUGAGCCAUUCUCUUUUGAUGAGCGUGAUGCUGCACGGAGAGUUGAGCGUGAGAGGAGACUGCAGGAGUUUCGCCAGAUGCAAGAACGGCAGUGGCGCUCAACAUUUAAAGCGAAUCCAAUAAGAAGAUACAAACCACUUGUUCAACUCUGUGGACAGUCCCAGACCCAUUCACAACAGUCAAAAUAAUGUUACAUUUAAGAUUUGUAUUGUCGUUUUUAAGUGUUUUACUAAUAAAAAAAAAAUAAUAAA